AUGACGUCAUCCGAUUUCGGAUCUUCAGCUUCAGCAGCAGCCGCCGCUGCUUCAGUCAUGCAAGCCGGUCCUCCACCUGGAUUUUAUUACGAUACCUCAGCAGUUCAACAACCAUCUACAGCAUACUUUCCAUCAUCCACAUUAUCAGGAGCGCAAUUCUCUUCUCAGUCGUUAUGUUAUCAAAAUUCUGAAUGGAAAGAUGAUAAAGAUGAAAAGAAAGAAGGUGAUGAGGAUAAGACGAGUUCAAAUGGAAGUGCUGUAGCUGCAGCUGUCUAUCCAUGGAUGACGCGGGUUCAUUCAACUUCAGGAGAAGGCGGAUCACGAGGUGAAAAACGACAGCGAACGGCUUACACACGAAAUCAAGUCUUAGAAUUAGAAAAAGAAUUUCAUUUUAAUAAAUAUUUGACAAGAAAACGACGAAUUGAAAUCGCUCAUUCACUUAUGCUCACAGAAAGACAGGUCAAAAUAUGGUUCCAGAACCGACGGAUGAAACAUAAAAAGGAAAAUAAGGAUAAGCCACUGACACCGCAGAUGAUGCCUUUCCCUACUGGUCCAUUGCCAUUUGCUCAUCUUGGAUUUACAAGGAACUUCUUAUUAUCAAAUCAAUUUUAA